GGAGGAGGAGGAGGAGGAGGAUGGCAGCGGCGUCCGCGGCCUAGCCGGCAGCCGGAGCGCGAUGCUGCCGUUCCUGGCCGCCCUGCCGCCCGCCCCGGGCCUGCCGCGGCUCCUCCGGGCCCGCCCGCGCCUGCCGCCGGCACGGGGGCCUCAGGGCGCUCGGCAGGCAGCGCAGGGAGCGGCGGCCCCCGGCAGGGCGCUGCGGUGGGCGCCGGUGGCCGCCAGGCGGCGCUCCGAGCCCGGCCCGCAGCCAGCGCCCAGCCGGGGGCUGCGGCCGCAGGGUCCUAAAGGCAGCCCUCCGCGAGCGGCGCCCGGCCCCGGGGGGGGGUCCCCGGUACCGGUGGGGGCAGGCCCCUGGGGCACCCCCACAGCGCUGGGGCCGGGCCCCGAGGGGACCCCGAGAGGGGGCGGCCUGAGGCUGCCGGUGCGGGCCCUGCUGCCCGCCCCCGGCCCGGCUGGCACCUUGGCACUGCCCCGGCCCUGGCCUCUGGGCGCCCAGCGUGGCUGGCAGCGUGGAGAAGACCCCCGGGGGGACCCCUUCGGAGCGGCUGUGCCUGCGCUGCUGGCCCUGGUGGCCUCCUGCUACCUCCAGGACCACCUCUCCAAAGAAGAAGCUCUGCUGGAGGCUGCCAGGAGCAACAACCCUGCUGAGGUCAACAGGCUGCUGCAGGAAGGUGCAGAUGUCAACGCCAGGCACAAGCUGGGCUGGACAGCUCUGAUGGUGGCAGCCAUCAGCAGGAACUCCAGCGUGCUGCAGCUGCUGCUGGCAGCCAAAGCAGACCCAAACCUUGGAGAUGACUUCAGCAGUGUCUAUGAGGUGGCCAAGGAGAGAGGCCUGCACUCCCUGGAAGUGCUGCUGGCCCGGGAGGAGCACUUCCAGCACCGCCUCAACGCCAGGGCCAACUUCAGGGGCUGCAGCGCCCUGCACUACGCCGUGCUGGCAGACGACCCCCGCGGCGUCAGCCUGCUGCUGGCCACAGGGUAA